GUUGAAUUGAGAAGAAAACCCCAAAAUUACCAACUUGCGUAUUGUUAGUUUGAUGUUGGUUUUGGUUGCGAUCAAAACUUGCUGACCUGCUUAUUGAUCGAGCAAUCACACUCGAUUAUAACGAAAGCUUCACCAUAACGAUUGUGCAUUCUUCCAGGUGUAAGAAUUCCCAUUCAUUUCCAUCCAAUUCACUUUCAAACUGGCCUACCUAAGCUCGUUUGAAAGACCCUGUUUAUGUGUUCUAGACGAAGGAACUUGUGAUUCCUUUGUUUGUGGAGACGCUGUGCAAAUUUGAUCAUUAACACCCAUCUAGGGCGUUAUCAUGAGGCGUAUGUUUCAACCAAAAAUUCAGUUUUAAUCCUCCUUCUGCACCUCCAUAUAUUGAAAUCCAUUUUAUUUGCCAUGGAUUGAUAUCAGAGUUGAAAUAUUUUACUUGUCCAGUUUAAAUCCCCAAGAAUAAAAUCGUAGUGCCAAGAGACCGGAAGAUUGAUUUUCAAAGGCGGCCUUGUACUGUGAAGUGAAAGAGGUGCAAACUAUUGCACGAUGGAGGGAAUUUCAGAGGAAGUUAGAAAGAAAUAAGGACAAAGAUUAAAAAAAUUACAAAUUUGAAUAUAAAUUGAAAAAUGAAAGGACACAGCACAUAGUAAUAGAAUUAGUUUCUUCCAUGUUGGCUAAUUACCAAUUUACUAUUAGCGAAAAUUAAGGAGAGAGCAGUGGUUUUAGAAUUGAGAAACUACAUGAAACUCUGCUAUGAAAAGUGCAGUAUCAAUUAAGCACCAUUUUAUAUUGAAUAAAUAAUUAAUUGUAAAGACAAAAAUCCCCUUCCUACUUUCACUCUUUGAAAUAGAAAAAAAUAGACAAAACUCUACUGUAUAUUAUUGGAGGGUUGGACUUUUUCAAUAUGGGACUUGUUUUUACUUUAGCUUAUUAGAGUUUAUCAUCGAUUAGAUAGAUGAUGACAUAGUCAUGAUCACCCAAAGUGAUCCAAAUGAUUGACUACAAUGUGAUUCCUUGGUUUUAACAAGAUCAAUAUGGACAAUUAAAAAGGGAUUAAUAUCCGGCAAACUAUUCAAAGUUUAAAAACUUGGUUCUUCAUAACAUUACUUGUUCUAAUACAAAACACUUUUUUGUGUUUGUACUAUGUACUAUUUUGCAGGUUCAACAUAGUUGGCCAGGUAUAUACUAAUUAGGGGAGUCAGUUAGUCGAUUUCGGUUUAACCGAAAACCGAUUUCUCAGUUAUCGGUUAAACCAAGCCACCACCUCCCGCUGCCGACCACCGACCGUGAGGGACACUGCGGUUAGCCGUUCACCGACCGGUCGGUUAUCAGUUUUGGUUCGGUUAGCCGCAUACCCGAAAAACACUCCCUAAUCUAAAAAAAAUAUUAAAAAAAAUUAAAAAAUCCAAAAAUCCUCUAACCACUUAUUCCUUAUCUCAUCCAUCCUUCUCUCUCCUUUCUUUUUCCAUUCAAACCCUCCACUACCACUUAUUCCUUAUCUCCUCCGUCUCUCUCCUCCAUCCUUCUCUCUCCUUUCUUUUUCCACUCAAGAAGCAGCCGAGCAGGAGGGCUUGCCACCGACAGGAGAGGGAGGAGUGACUUCCUCGCGAAGCCGGCGGAGGGAGAUGGCGUUCGCCCAGUGCGGCGGCGGUUGGAGGCGGCAGGAGAUGGCAGGGGGCGCAGCGCAGCGGGUGGAGGCCUGGAGGGGCAGCGCGUCGCGCGAUUGGAGGCAGCCUGCUUGCCUGCGUGUCGCGACGGUUGGAGGCGGAGGAGACGGCGGGGUGGCUGGAGGAGGGGCGGCGAGGGUGGCCGAUGAACUGGUGAAGGGCGGCGACGGCGAGGGUGGUCGUGGGCUGCGGGAGAAAGGGGUGGGGUGGGGUGGCCUGGUUGGGGAGUGGGGAAUGGGAUUGGGAUUAGGGUUUGGGAGGCUGGGGUUCGUUUUGGGUGGGGAUGCGGGGUCGUUUUAGAGAAAGGGGAAGUGUUCGGUUAGCCGGUUAACCACCGGUUUUCGAUCACGGUUAAUCGGCUAACCAAACCUCUUCCCUUCUCCUCCAACGAUCGACCGCCGACACUUGGGGACGGUUUUCGGUUAGCCGAAAAACCGAUCGGUUCGGUUGAAAUCAUCCUGUUAACUGCUAACCGAAAACCGUUCUGCCACUACUAAUACUAAUUUAAUAAAUGUUGUGGUGUCAG